UAGAGAACAGAGAACGGCGGCCGUCUCGAUAAGCCGCGAUUUCUUUAGCCGAAGGUGUUUAAUUGGAAGCUAGAAGCUGCGCGGACUAUUAUUUGACUGUUAUAUUGAAUUUUUAUUUAAUAUAUUGGGUUUUGUAUUCUCGACGGAAGUUUUUUCCUUCACAUUUUUUUAAGCGUGAAGUGCUGUGCCUGCCCUGCAGUGAAAAGGAUUCACCCAUUCACAAUGACGACUGAUGCAUUUGAAACCCCAGUAUCAAAAAAAUAUUUAAUGGACAUAUGUUCAGUCAAAUUUAAAUCUGGGUUUGACACCCAUAAUAAAUUUGUCUCCCAGCUAGUGAAGAAGUCUUAUUGGGAAAGCAAUGGAGAGCCGUCUCCUGUCACCUUUGAAGUGAAUGAAGAUACAACUCCAUUCUCACCAGAGAGAGGACAUCAGUCUUCUAUUAUUUCUGUAGCGUCUUGUAAAAUCCCAUUGAACAGCACACAGCUAAACUACAGUCUACAAGAAAACUCUGAUAAGGAAUUCUUGGAACUUUCAACCGUCAGUUUAGAUGGCUCACGAAAGCUGGAUUUGCCACCUUUGGUAGAUCUUCAGCAGACUGCAAGCAAGCCAAGAGCUUUGGUCACAGCUAGCAAGAGGAAGCUGGCUGAUAAGGACAAGGACAUUGGCCAGGAGAGUUCUGACUGCCAUGUUGCAAAGAAACGAAUGGCCCAACGAGAUAUGGGGAUGGCUGCUUGUCCAUUGCUAGACCUAGAGCAAAGUGAUCAGAAUUUUAGGAUUAGUUCUUCAGGAUCUGAGAACAAGUUGCCUAAAAGUAGGCUACCAGUAGCUUCAAAGUCUAGAAUAUCAAGUCCUGGUGCAUCUGGAAUUUUGGAGGCCAGCUCUCUUGAUCACACAAUGAAAAGCAGGUCAAGGAUUUCUGAUGUAGAAAAGGGUCAUCUCACAGAUAAAGAGGGGAUGGGCCUGCCCAAGCUUGAUUUAUUAUUGGCGGAAAAUUUAGAUCACGAUGCUAUGCAGGUGUCCUGUGAAUUGUCGGUGUGCCAGGCCAUUCCUCCAAUGCAAACGCACUCUGUUGGCAAGAAGGUGCCAUCUCCUGAUAAAACUGAGGCAGACCAGAAACGCAGAAGGACUCUUGCUGCCGACAUCCCUGAGGAGUAUGGUUUGGACAGCAGCGCUGUCACUGUUGCGAUUCGAGUGCGACCGCUAAAUUCCAGGGAGCAUGAACUGAACACAAAGUCAGUGAUAUCUGUAACCGGACAAGAGACAAUAGUCUUCAAUCCAGAAUCGCAGCAGAAGUUCUCAUUCGUCUAUGACUUCUCCUUCUGGUCAUGUGACCCUCAAGAUCGCAGUUAUGCCAGCCAAGAGGUGGUGUACAGGAAACUGGCACAGCCACUUCUCAAGAGGGUUCUUCAGGGCUACAAUGUCUGUCUCUUUGCUUAUGGGCAAACUGGAUCUGGGAAAUCUUACACAAUGAUGGGCUACGGUGAUGAAGCUGGAGUCAUCCCAAGAUUCUGUGAAAAAAUUUUCCUGAAAUCAAUCUGUGUAGACUGCAACAGUGUGACUUACCACAUUGAGAUGAGCUACUUUGAAGUAUAUAACGAAAGAAUCCACGAUCUACUGACGUCUGACAAAGAACAGAGUAAAGCCAAGGCCUCGCUUCGAGUAAGAGAACAUCCACAUCUGGGACCUUAUGUAGCAGGACUUUCUUCGUACGUGGUUGGCUCCUUUGCAGAUGUUCAGUCCUGGCUACAGCUGGGGAACAAGCAGAGGGCCACCGCAUCUACAGGAAUGAAUGAAAAGAGCUCACGAUCUCACUCCGUUUUCACUUUAGUGGUGACGCAAACAAAGAGAGAGACUUUAGACGGUGAGAUUUAUGAGCACACGAUGAGGAGUCACGUUAAUUUGGUGGAUUUAGCUGGAAGUGAACGUUCCUCUACGGCGCAGACAACAGGGGUGCGGCUCAAGGAAGGAGCCAGUAUCAACAAAUCUCUAAUGACUCUGGGGAAAGUGAUUUGUGCUCUUUCAGAGGCCUCCCAUUCGAAGAAAAAGCCUUUCAUUCCUUAUCGGGAUUCUGUGCUCACCUGGCUUUUAAAAGAAAGUCUUGGAGGAAACUCGAAAACGGCAAUGAUAGCUACAGUGAGCCCAGCUGCGGUCAGCCUGGAAGAAACCCUGAGUACCCUGCGUUAUGCCAAACAGGCACGGAAGAUCGUUAAUGUGGCAAAAAUCAAUGAAGACCCCAGUUCUAGAAUUAUCCGAGACCUAAAAGCAGAAAUAGAGAAGCUAAGAGCUAUGCAGCAGAAUUUCCAAGGAAUUGACGCCUUAAAGUGUGAAGCGGACCUUCAGGAGAUCUUCAUCCUCAAACAAAAACUUCUGGAGCAGGAGCAAGAGAUGAACCGGGUUGAGGCAGAAUGGAAAGAGAAACUUGCAUUGGCUGAACUGAGGAAGAUGGAGGAAGCGAAAGAGCUACAGAAAGCUGGAAUUUCUUUGAAAGUGGACAAUCGUCUGCCUAACCUGGUGAAUCUGAAUGAGGAUCCCCAGCUCUCCGAAAUGUUACUCUACAUAAUUAAAGAAGGUGAAACUAAGGUUGGAAGACUAAUGGCCGGCUCAGACUUUGACAUCCAGCUGACGGGGGCUCUCAUUGCAGAACAUCACUGCCUUAUUACAAAUAAAGAAGGAACUGUCACUUUAACGCCAACACCGGAGGCAGAAACCUACUUGAAUGGGAAGCUAAUUACUGAACCUGUGACUUUGCAUCACGGAGAUCGAGUUGUUCUUGGAGGUCAACACUAUUUCCGAUUCAAUCACCCACUGGAGGUUCAGAAAAACCAGAAAGCUUCAGAGGGUUCAUGCACCAGUAAAGAGAUGCCUCCUCACGACUUUGAGUUUGCUAAAAAUGAGUUGAUUGAAGCACAAAACCAAAGGAUUGAAGCUGAAGUUGACGAAGCUUGGCAACAUACACAGCAAGAAAUCCUACUGGGGUUGCAGGCUGCAAAAGAUGCUGCACAAAAGGACUUGAGCGAUCCGCAUGAACGUUACGAAGAUGGACUUUGUGCUUUCCAAGAUGAAAUGGAAGAAGAGUUGAAUCCAAAGCAAGAAAAACUGAGCCAUGAAGUUAAAGAAAAAAGAAGCAAAAUUCAUCUGAAGAAGUUGCUCCUUGCCUGUAAAGCUGAGUCUUUGUCACAGGAAUUUGAAGAGACGAGGUUAAGGCACUGUAAAUUCAUGGAGGCUCUUGAGCUGGAAAAGGCCAAGUUGUCGCAAGAAGUGGCAGAUCUUAAACAAGCACAAGCCAGCAGGGGAGAAGAGCAGCAGAUGAUUCCUCAGCAGGGGAACCCAAAAUGGACGUCUCUUAGACUGUCAUUGCUGCUACAAGAAGCAAAUGCCAUUAGCAGAGGACUGAAGAAGCACACCGUGUUCACAAGGUAUGAAUCUCCUUGCCUAAACAACGGGCUUCCUUCUCUGUACAUCAAGGUGACCAACACUAAAUUGAGGAUCUUCACAAUUUGGAACCUGGAGAAAUUUGAGUUCAAGCUGAUUUCUAUGCGGGAAUUAUAUCAGGGAGUUUAUGAGGGAAGCGGAGAUCAACUCUUCUAUGACCCCAGUGACUCCUGGGAUGCAGAUGGGGCUUGCCAGUCUCCUCGAAGGCGCCGAAGCUCUUUGACAAGGAGAUAUUCAGAUAGCUGCUGGGACAAAGCUUUUCGUGAUGUAGGAUCUCUCGUUGAGCCCGGAUGUGCUGCCGCUUGUAAGCAUCUCAUUUCUACUGCCUUGGAGGGACUUGAGGUGGCAUCUGGCACCAGGCAUCUCCUGGAUAAACUGCUUCUGGAUCUUUGCACCAUUGUGGACUCCGUGAAGACUAUCACAGAGUCCUACAGAGACCUACAUAGGAUGUCACAUGGAACACCAGAGAAAGUUCCAGAUCCUAGCAUCUACUUGUCAGCUGCGACCAGCGUGUACAGCAUGGUGACAACGCUCCAGAUCUGCCAGAUGCUGAUCACUGAUGUCUGCGUACAAAAGACCCAUUUAAAAAUCCUUUCCUCUGAAGUGAAGAUGCUGGGGGGAAGCCUGGCAUUACUGAUUCAUGGCUGCGAAAAUGACAUCGAGUCCAUUGUAGAAGAAUCGCAGAAGAAAAUCCAUCAGUCAUCUCUGGUUAUUGCCAGCCAGCUUGGCGGCCUUGUGGUUUCCAUGGGACCAAAAGGCAGUUUUACGAUGAUGGAAAAAUGCAGCCUUGAACAAGCAGAGCUCAUCAACGACUCCUUAAAAAUUGCAUUAGUGGAAGGAGCUCAUGGCUGUGUAGAAAACCAAAUAUCUGAAAGUCUCUUGCUGACGGAUAAUCUUCACGCACAGAUAUGUUUGGAACUACCAGGAAAGGUAACGGAAGAAGCCAAAAAAGCGCUGGUUUGUGUGACGUCGUCUUUCAAGGCAUUCAUGAAGAAAAUCUCAUCAAUGUGGGAACUGCUCACUUUAAGUAAAAGACCCAUUCCUGAUGUUCUCCCCGACAAGUUGUUUCUGCUGUGUCAAACGUUAUAUUCCUUAUUGACGGACCUACAGACCGGCUUGAAGCAAACGGUGGAAAUGACCCCGAAACACUUAAAAGCUUGGAACACUCCGGACCUGCAGAUUCUCAAGCCGCACCUCCAGUCACUUCCCAAAGCCGCUGAGACUUUGACAAAAACUUUGGACGUUCUGUGUGUGGAAGUUCAUCAAGAACUCCAUGAUCCCAUAGCUGAUGACUAUUGGGCUGCGAUGAAUAAGGAGGCAGAGCUGGCCGCCCAGGAGUUCUUUACCUCUGUGAAGGAGUUAUUGAAGCUGCUGGAAAGACUGCGGGGUGUCGAUUGUCCUGACUCGGGGAGCUGGAUACAAAAGCACAAAAAGAUGCCCCCGAGUGCACGGUGGGAGCCGUCCAUCCAGCUGUGGGUGAGGAGCGGCACUGCUGUGCGCGACGUGGUCGCCAAAUUAAAUUAUCAGUCGUUAAGUCAGCAGGGCUGGAGCCCUGAAAACAGGAGGACCAUUUCAUGAGACGCAGGCUUUUAACGUUCUUAAAAGAAAAGAGUUGCCAAAACACAAUGACCUUGAAUGCUAAAUUAUAUUUCAAAUGUCUUUCUUGAUUUGUGAAUAAUAGGUUGUUCUCUGGAGGAAAUGUUUAGAUUUUAUAUUUAUUUAGUGCUAUUUACACCUUUUGUGUGUGUUUUUCUGUAGAUAUGUCAUUAUAUAUAGAUGUUAGUAGUAAAACUUCAUCAAAUACACCGUCACUUUCUAUAUAAGCACUUAUUUGCGUUUGGUUUACUUCAGCACCAAGUGACACAGUGCUUAAUUUGUGCUUCAACGGCCAAUAAUUGUACAUAUUUAGCUGUUUUAUUCCACUUAAAAUAAUAAAAAAAAACUAUUUUAAUCAAAAUGUAUGAAUCAUUGAAUGUAGGGCGAUGGACUGCAUUUUACAUGCUUAUGUGAAGUUGUUGCCUUUUUAUAUUAAAGUGUGUAUAUAAAAAUGAUUUAUUA